AUGUCGUUUCAAACCCAAGGACAACAACCUCCGCAGGGAGGAUACUAUCCCCCUCCCAACCAGCAACAAGCGGCAUAUCCACCCCCUCCGAAUCAAGGAGGUUAUCCACCACCCCCCCAAAACUAUAGCUAUCCUGCGCCAGGAGGUCAAACUAGCCCGUCUUUUCCUCCUCCCCCAGCUGGUGGCCAAACCUCUCCCCCUCCCGCUGGUGGACAUCCCCAAACCCCCCAUCAACAACCGUCACCCAUCCCUGAAAAAAUGCAACACGCACUUACGCCUGGUGGAGCACCACCACAGGGGCAAUUCGUUGGUGUACAGUCGACUUCCGCAGAUGAUGUUGGUACAUUCAACGGUGGCAGCUACCGGAUCAGCCACCGAGACACGAACACUGUCUUGACUAUUCAAUUGGCGAUGGGGUGUCCAUUGACAGCUAAGCCAGGUGCCAUGAUUGCCAUGUCGCCCACUAUGACUCUGAAAGGAUCCGUGAAGUUUUCGAUGAAGAAGCUCAUUGCUGGCGGCGAGAUGUCAACUUCGACCUACACGGGCCCUGGAGAACUUCUCCUCGCCCCCACAAUGCUUGGUGACAUCUCUGUCUUGCGCCUUAGCGGUCAUGAGACAUGGUCUGUUGGCAAGGAUGCGUACUUGUCCUCUACCCAAGGUGUUAUCAAAGACUACAAGAACCAGGGUUUGAGCAAGGCCUUCUUCUCCGGUGAAGGGUUGUUUGUGUACAAAAUCUCUGGGAACGGUCUUUUAUUCCUUCAAAGCUUUGGUGCUAUAAUCAAGAAGGACCUAGCCGAUGGUGAAAAAUAUAACAUCGACAACGGCCACCUGGUUGCCUGGAGCUGCAAAUAUGUCAUGGAGCGUGUGGCUUCUGGUGGCAUUAUCUCUGGGAUGACUUCGGGUGAGGGAUUGGUUUGUAAAUUCACCGGCCCUGGGAGUGUAUACAUGCAAACAAGGAAUCCGGGUGCGUUCGCAUCUUGGGUUAUGGCAAAUGGGGCCGCUGGAGGUGGAGCGUAA